AUAGCACCGCGUGUCAACAUGGCGGCGGCCGGCCGUGAGGGGAGCCCGGUGGGGCAGGCGGGCAGCUCCGGCGCGCCCGCCGACACCGAGGGAACUAGCGCCAUGUCGGCCUUGCCCGGGUUCGACAGCCCCGAUGCCUUCGUCAAGUACGCUCUGGGCACAGUGGUGGCUGCAACAAAGGCAUCCAACGGGCUCCCCCAGCCUGGAGACGAGUACGAUUUCUACUGCAGCUUCCCGGGGUUCCGUGCCUACUGCAGCACGCAGAGCGACCGCCUGCUCCGCUGCAUGAGCCAGGUGAUGCAGUACCAUGGCUGCCGGAGCCUCAUGAAAGAUUCCAGCAAAGUGACAGGGCUGGAAGACAAAUUUGACAUGCUGGUUGACUCCAAUGAUGUCAUUCUUGAAAGAGUGAGUAUUUUGUUGGAUGAAGCAGCAGGAGUGAAUAGAAACCAGCAGCCAGUCCUGCCAGCUGGGUUGCAGCCCCCACAGAUGAUUGUUUCCAGCUGGAACCGUAAGGCAGGAGAAUUCCACAAAAGAACUCAGUCUGAAACAUUCCGACUGCUUCAUGCCAAGAAUAUUUCUCGACCACAGCUUAAGUUUCGUGAAAAGAUUGACAAUUCCAACACUCCCUUUGUACCUAAAAUUUUUAUCAAACCAAAUGCUUUGAAGCCUUUGCCUGAAGCCCUCACAAAAAGUGGACGGCAGAGAAAGGAGCGCCCUGAGGACUUGGAUGUGCCAGCUGCUUUGGCAGACUUCAUACAUCAGCAGAGGACGCAGAAAACUGAGCAAGACAUGUUUGCUCACCCUUACCAGUAUGAACUGGAGCAUUUUUCUCCACCAGAUGAAGUUCUCAAGAAACCUGAACUCCAGAUGUACAGGCCCAUUGAGGAAACACCCUGCCAUUUUAUCACCACACUGGAUGAGUUGGUAGAACUAAAUGAAAAGCUUAUGACUUGCAAAGAAUUUGCCUUGGACUUAGAGCACCACUCCUACAGGAGCUUCCUCGGCUUCACAUGUCUGAUGCAGAUUUCCACCCGAACAGAAGACUUCAUUAUUGAUACAUUGGAACUGCGCAGUGACAUGAACAUCCUCAAUGAGACCUUCACUGACCCUGCAAUUGUGAAGGUCCUUCAUGGUGCUGAUUCAGACGUGGAGUGGCUGCAAAGAGACUUCGGUCUGUACUUGGUGAAUGUGUUUGAUACUCACCAAGCUGCUCGUCUCCUCAAUCUUGGCAGACAUUCUUUGGAUCACUUGCUAAAGCUGUACUGCAAUGUAGAUGCUGACAAGAAGUACCAGCUGGCUGACUGGAGAAUACGCCCUUUGCCAGAAGAAAUGAUCCGGUAUGCCCGUGAUGACACUCACUACUUGCUCUACAUCUAUGAUAAAGUGAGGGAGUUGCUGUGGGAGAGAGGGAAGGAGCAGCCCACACAGCUGCAGGUUGUGUGGCAGCGCAGCAGGGACAUCUGCCUGAAGAAAUACAUCAAGCCCCUCUUUACAGAUGAGUCCUACCUUGAUCUCUACAGGAGGCAGAAAAAACACCUUGAUACCCAGCAGCUGGCAGCAUUUAGGCUGCUGUUUGCAUGGAGAGACAAAAUAGCACGUCAAGAGGAUGAGAGCACGGGGUAUGUGCUACCAAAUCAUAUGCUGUUGAAGAUCGCAGAGGAGCUGCCCAAAGAAUCCCAGGGUAUCAUGGCUUGCUGUAACCCUGUCCCACCACUUGUUCGCCAGCAGAUUAAUGAGUUGCAUCUGCUCAUUCAGCAGGCCCGAGAGAUGCCUCUUCUCAAGUCAGAGAUUACUUCAGCAGUCAGGAAGAGAGCACCUCUACCCAGCCCUGAGAAGCUGGAGAAUGCCCUGUUUGGACCACAUGACAGUUCACGGAUUCCUAUGGAUGGUUUUCAGAAUAACUCUGCCUUGGACCCUGCACUGGUUUUGGAAGAUGUUUGCCUCUUUUCAGACAGUGACAGGACAAUGGAUAUUCAAGAUAGUCAGCCAGAGUCAACGUGUCUUGUUGCUACUACCACUGUCAGCAUAUUCAGUGAAUGUGAUGAAAAUGAAGGAAAUAAGAGGACUUUAACCACUGCACAGCGGAAAGCUCAGCUAAUAAUGGAGUCCUUUGAAAAUCCAUUUAAAAUGUAUCUACCUCCAGAGGAGAAUUCUGCCUAUGUCUCACAAUCUGCAAAGUUUGACCCAUCAUCAAAAAUUUAUGAAAUCAGCAAUCGAUGGAAGUUGAUGAGUCAGGCACCAGUGCAGAAGAAGUCCAAGAAUGAAACCAAUAAGAAAGCAGCCCAGCAGUCAGCUGCCCAUGUCCAGACACAACAGUUGCAUAAAAAGGCAGCAGAAAACGUUGUAUCUAUUCGUCAGCAAGCCACGGAGCAAGCUAAUAGGAAGAAGGAGAGAGCCACAAGUGAAGCAGGAGCAGAAACAGAAGCAGAGUUGCCAACACAGGAAAAGAAACGGCAGAAGAAAACCCAGCAACCAGAGGAGCUGGAAGCACUAAGGCAGUUUACCCCCUUUGAUUACAGCAAUUCCAGCUUCAAAGUGUUUGCAGGAGGCAGCAAAUCAAAACAGUCACCACAAUUUGAUCCUGCCAAGCAAGCUUACACAGGCAAGAAAUUUGCUGGAGCUAACAAACUUCAACAGUCUGGAAACCGGAGCAUGUCCUACCUGAUGGGGAAAGCUGAAAGGGGUUCGACACACCACUGGCCAAAGAGAUAAUCUUUGUUACAGGACCUGUGGGAGUUGCUGCUGAAUGAAACUAGUUAGAAGUGUUGCCACCAUGAGAAAGCAAAUGCCAGUCAUUGAUCAGUUUUUGUACAGGAAAGUUUUUAAAAUCAUUAAAUCCUUUUUUUCCAAAAGGAAAAACAUCUUAAAUUAUCUCACUUUUGUUAUAUUCGCAUUGCCUUUUUUUUUCUAAUUAUACUCACAGUGUUGCUUUGUUUAUAAUUUUGAAAGUUUAUCCUGUGUC